AGGGAAUCUGCUUGGAGUUCGGUGUGUCGUCACAUCAAUACCGUGCUCAGACUAUCAGGCCGUGCUUUUUGGAUCUUCCCCAACGUACAGACUGCUUCUUCUUCCCGUCUUGGAGCAUUAGGUGGAGGAGGCGUGGUGGUGCGAUAACAGAGAUCUAGUAUGGAGGAGUCAUCAAACCACAAGCCAGCUACUACCACUCCACUCAAUGGCAUAACGGUCUCCAUCACCGACUACAACCAAACUAAUGGUUACCAACGCCCCACCGACAAGACUCUUAUUCCGGAAUAUUGGAAAACCUUGUGGAGUUACGUCUAUCUCAACAUUGUGGUGUUCACCAUGUGCUAUGCUACUGUCGUCACACACCGGGAAGCACCCGAUCGUCACAUACACCCGCCCCUCCCCGACCGAUUUAUGGACAAUUUGCCUAAUAUUACCUGGGGGACAAAGGGCGCUGAGGUCUGCAUUAUGGUGCUAGCUUUCGUCAUGUUCGGCCUAUUGGUCUUUCAUAAACAUAGGACUAUUGUCUUCCGGAGAUUUUGCAUAAUCUUGGCGACUGUUUACAUCAUGCGUAUAUCAACGAUGUUAAGUACAGCACUCCCGGUGCUACCGCCACCGAGUGAAUGCACCACACAGCCUACAGACUCCUUUUAUGAGAGGCUUGUGCUCACCUUUUCUUUAUGGAUGAAAUCUGGCUCGCGUUUAAAUGGUAUUAAAAUGUGCGGAGACUACAUGUUUAGUGGACAUAUAACAUCUUUAACACUCGGCAAUCUAAUAAUUAUUGAAUACUCCCCGAGUAAUUUCUUCAUUUUGCGUUGUUUUACAGUCGUCGUCAACGUCGUGGGGUCCUACAUCCUAAUCGUUGGCAGGGGACACUACACGGUAGACGUCAUCAUCGCUGUCAUUCUCGUUUUCGUCGUCUUUCAAUAUUAUCACACACUCACUAGCCUCUACGUCUUUACAAAUAGCAGCAAUAAACUCCGCUGGUUUCCUUUCCUUUGGUAUUUCGAGCGUAACGUGUGCUGCACCGUACCAAACGAGUUCGAGAUACCCCGUCUUUCACACUUCUUUACAAGGGGGAAAUAAAAACUAUCAAACAUUAUCAAAUAUACAUCUAUGGAAUAUCAAUUUAAACUUUGUUUUAGUGCCUUGAUCAAGUUGAUGGUUCUGUUCCAGUCUUUUAGUUAUGAGGAUUGUUUUAUACUUGACAACAAUCUAUGAACACCAAAAUGAGACGCCUCAUACUUUUAAAUUGGUGGAAUGGAGGAUGACUGGUCAAAACUGAAGGUAAAGAGGCUGAUGUGCUGGGGGCGCCGAGUUCCUCAAAAUUAUAUUCUGUCGCCUAGCCUUGACGUCGCCAUCUUGAUUUUUUUUUCAUUACAACUCUAUACCAAGAUGGAGACCAUAUCCAAUGUUGUAUUCACAGAAUAUUCAGUCCAACAUAACGGCUGAAUGGCACCCCCACACAAUCACCCUCGCGCACACAACUCGUUGCAUUGACGAGCUUCAAACAUGCGCGUAUUUGUGUAUGCGUAGCUAUUGAAACUAAAAACAAGGCGGGACGUCUACAUUUGGUCCACUAUCGUAUCGUAGGGUGGCCAUAGGGUGAUCAUAUCCUGCUAAUGGUACGAACACCAUAGCGUGGCGUACAAAGAUCAUACGAUUUUCCUAUGGAUUCACGAUCAUCGUACGGUCUACAGUUUUGUUAACUGCGGAGUUAUAUAUAUUUUCCCCCUCAAAAUCACUGGAUCGUAGCCCUUAAAUAAACCGAAGAGGUAUCGUACGAUCAAUGCUGGGACAUCGUAAAAUAAAUGGGCAUUGCACGAUCAACGCAAUGGCAUGGAAUAUUGUACGGGAAUCGUACGAUCAGCGCAUUGGACAUGGUACGAUUUCUGUUUGUAUGGUUCGUGUCUUUUGCCCUCUACGUUGCAAAAGACAA